GCUUCUCUCCCCAGGCUCACAUCCACUCUGCAUCAUUCAUUACAAGGCUCUCAGACUGUGUGGACAGUCACUCUGAAGAUGCACAGAGCAUAUCAACCAAUACUACCAUGUGGUAACAAAUAUCUGCAACAGAAAUGGGACAAAACCUACUAUGAUGAGCAUAAGUGAAAGGUGCAGUCUGCCAAGCCGAUGGUGGAUACUAACCGCCCUCAAACAUAUGUUCAUCUUAAUCUGAAACUGAAGAAGCUAAAGCUAGAAGAGGAACGACUUUCAACUAUUGAAAGAGAUAACCAUUUAUUGCUGGAGAAAAUGUCAACUAUAAUGAGAACAAAAGGAAGAAUUGACAACAAAAAUAAUUAUGUUGCCAAAAGUUUAAAUCAAGAGAAAAGGGCUCAAGAGUUGCUGAAAGUAUCCAGGGAGAAUGAAAGCAUUGAAGGCAGACUUACAAAGUGUGAACCUCAGUAUAGAGUUGAAAAGUGGCAUGAAGACUGGGUGAAAGCAGAGAAAUACAUGGAUAGCAUUGCGAAAUACCCAAGAGGAUGGUAUCUUGCACAUCCAGAUAAGACUUCAAAAAGAAAAAAGAAAUCUUCAAAGCAGGAAGCUGAGAAGGACAUCGGAACUGAAGAGAAGACUAGUAAAGAUGAUGUUGACACAGAGAAGGAAUCAGUAGAGAAAGAGGAAAAUAUACCACAAAAUGCGAAAAAGAAAGACAAUGACAGCAUGGCCAUCAGGGAAACUAAGGAUCACAAGGAAGUAGAUAGUAACAAAGGAAAGGAUCAAAAGGCAAAUCAGCCUAUAACAGAAAGCAAGCCAGAGGAAGUCCAUGAUGACACAGAGGAGAAAGAAGAUAAGUCAGGGAUAGGGGACAAAAAAGAGGAGGCUUCGAAAGCACCAGAGGAUGCAAAUGAAGACAGUUAUUAUGACACUGGCAGAGAAGACAAAUCUUACAGAUCAGAAGAUUCUGAAAGUGACGAGGAGAAAGAUGAAAAAAAGCGAUAA